CGGCUUCAGGCUCGCGUCGCUCCACUCCUGCCCGGUAGCAAAUUCCGUGGCCCAAGCGUAGGUGCAAGAUGUAGGAGUGCUCCACCGUCGCAUCACUCGCUUCACUCCGCCAGCAGCCGCGACCUUGCAAAGCUCACAGCUCCACAGGAUCGGCAGCCGCGUCAAGGUCCAGGAUCUGGUCAAGCAGGCGGCCAGAGAUGAAGAGCGCGAGCGGGCGCAGGAUGCUGUGCAGAAGCUUGUCUACAGCCUUGCCAAGGCCAAGGCGACGGUCCUCGUUGUCUGCUCUCAGCACCAUUGGGUCGCCUUGCUCGAUAUCCUCUGUGACAUCGGCUUUCACGAGGCAGAAAUACUGGAGCACGUCACCAGCCACCACCAGCACUCUGCCCGGCGCCGUCGACGAUCAGCUGGACGAGGAUACGCACCCAGCCAACGUCGAGAGUCUACUGGUCGCUCUGUUCGGCAAGGGCCGCCUGAUCAACAUCGAAGACGGCGGCUCUCACUCUGAGACGGCGCCCUACUUGCUCAAUCCUUCGAUGCGCGGCCUUCUGGCUCCCGUCCCUGAGCUGCGCCUCCUCAGCAAGUCCUACCAUCGAUGGUCGCUGAACGCUAGUGGUGGAGCCCACGGCUUUGAGACCGAGCGACGCCAUCUCGUGCGCACGGUACCGCUGCUGCUUGGGCGAGCGCUAAAGCCAGGCGAGUUGGACUGCUGCCCUGCCUUUGAGAAUCUGCUGCCCGCGUCAGUGACGGAUGACAUUGCCAAGGGAAAGUACACCGAGGCAAGGCACCACAGCAGAGACCAGGCAGUGGAGGAGAAGCGCGUCGAGACAAGGCAGAAGGCUCAUCAAGUGGGCAUGGAGCUUCUUGCCAAGUUAGAGGGCAAGCCGUCGGUCCUUGUCGUCUGCUCGUUCGAGGUGCAGCUUGUCCUCAGAGACUGCCUUGCGAAAGAGGACCCCCCUCCGCAGCUGCUGAGCGCCUCUGGUCUGAACGCCAACCUGAUGGCUUUCAGCGACAGCAACCAGACGACUCAGCUCCGCAGAUGGAUCUUCUUCCCUCCUGGUCGCCAGCUCUACCUCCUGCGGGCCAUAAACUCGACCAAGGCUAAGCAUCUGUCGCGCCCUGCGGUAAAGUGAGGCAGGAGAGGGAGAAGUUUGAGAUGGAGAGGGCAGAGAGGCAGAGAGCGAGGGUUGAGGACGAGGCAGCGGCUGGUGCACAUGAGGCUGCCCGUCGCAAGCGCAUCGAGGAGGAUAGAAGAGCGUGCAGCUCGACGCAAGCGAGAGAGAAAGCUGUGGCUGCUGCUGUAUGGUAUCUUCUUAACUAUACUGGUCAGCGCAAUAGACAGCCUCAAGAGACACGCAGUCGAGGCCACUGCACGCCAAAGGUCGAGCAGCGAGUGACACAAUGCAGCGCGCUUUCUCUCGCGCAAGAUUGAGCAGACUCGUCGCACCUUAG